UUUUUCGACUAUCUUUCCCCUCUUGGAUAACGUCAGUGACUGAAAAUGAUACUUAAAAUUUUCCUUUGUAUUUUCCUCUAUAUUUCUUUCAAAGUCUCGGGGCAGACAUUCACAUUUCCUGAAUUUGACUACAAAGAAACCAGCAAGAAUGAACUAUCCUUUCGCGAAUUCGAAUCGGCUUGUGACCAGACCAAUCGAUGCAGUGCCCUGAAGCCAGGAAUUCUGAGGACUAAGUGUGUCCGGGAGUGCAUUUCUCCAUCUUGCUAUCAAGACGUCUAUCGCUUCAAUGAGCUGGAAGAGGGAGAGAUUGAUGUAAGACUUCAUUCCUUCAAGGGAUGUUUUAUUCAGCGCCUGGGACGAUCCAGGAACUGA